UGAUUCUCUGUUUGUCCAUUUGUUGGGAACUAAGGCAUCAAUAUUAUAUGCAUUUGCAGCAAAAUCACUGGCCACUUUAAGAGGUCCCAAACACUUAAAAAGAAUCAUACUGAACUUUUUUGACCCUUUCAUAUACAAAAAGCAUACAUUUUCUUGGAAAUUAACAUAUCACGUGGACCCCUUAGAUUCCAUCCAUCCUUGUGCAGUGUCCCUUUCGUUCAAUCUGAAUACAGAUACGCUAUGUUUGCCUUUCAACAACAAACGGGUAUUCAAUGCCACUAGUAAAUAAGGACUUUGCAUUGACCAAGUAAGAUAGAAAUUAACCUUGGAACUAUUUACUUUCCCUAUAAAUGGAAAACUUAUCCUUAAUCAUAACAUUUGAAAAAAGUUUUAAGAGACAUAACUUGUCUUUGAUGGAAAAGGUAAAAAGUAAAAUUGUGGAAAGAACUGUUAAGGAAAAGUUCAAAGAUUGAGGAAAUCUUUCUUUAGUGAUGACCUUUUCUAUUCAACUUGGCAUAUGCGAUGGCUGGCGUUAUAGUCUUAUAUAAACUAAAGACACCCAAACAAAAGGGAACUUAAGAAGAAAAAUCCUCAAAUUCUCCCACCUAAAGUAGACGGUCUUCAUACGGAUUCUUACCACUCAAUAUAAGUUGACUCUCCCACUCAUAUAAUCUUAAAUCUCCCCCUUUAAAUUUCCUCCUCAACUCUUCAUCCUUUACUCUUCUAUACUACAAUAAUAUCUUUUACUUUGAGAAAGAAUAUUCUUUCUUUCUUUUUUUCCUUUUAAUCAAAGAGAUGACGUGCCAGUGCUUUGUAUUCACCCGAAAAAAGAACGUUCUGUUCCUAAGAAGCUUCAGUAUUUUGGUGCUAAUCUGGGUAAUUACCAAACCAAACCUUUGUUUCUCCAGUGUCCUAUCCUCAUUGAAAGCCCUCAAUCUACAAGGCCGUAUCACAUUCGAAAACAACGAUUUUGCAUCCCGAGAUUUCGGGAACCAAAUUCAUUCCCACCCUUUAGCAGUAGUCCAUCCGAAAUCCGUUGCUGAUAUUUCAGAAAUAGUAAGACAUGUCUGGCAAAUGGGCCGGGGCUCGGAACUGACCGUGGCAGCACGAGGCCACGGUCACUCCCUUCAAGGCCAGGCGCAAGCGCGAGGAGGAGUUAUAAUCAACAUGGAGUCAUUACAGGGUCAAGAAAUGCAGGUCUAUAGGGGACAAUUCCCUUAUGUAGAUGUAUCAGCUGGAGAAUUGUGGAUAAACAUCUUGCAUGAGACAUUGAAAUAUGGAUUAGCACCAAAAUCUUGGACUGAUUACCUCCAUCUUACUGUUGGAGGUACUUUGUCUAAUGCUGGCAUCAGUGGACAGGCAUUUCGUCAUGGCCCUCAAAUCAGUAAUGUCCGCCAGCUGGAGGUUGUUACAGGAAAAGGAGAAGUCAUAAUUUGUUCACAAGAACAGAAUGCUGACCUCUUCUAUGGUGUUCUGGGAGGACUUGGUCAGUUUGGCAUAAUAACUAGAGCAAGAAUCUCUCUGGAACGAGCCCCGAAAAUGGUGAAAUGGAUAAGAGUGCUGUACUCUGAUUUCUCCACAUUUGCUAGAGACCAAGAGCAUUUGAUAUCUGCAGCUAAAACAUUUGAUUACGUGGAAGGGCUGGUGAUUAAGAACAAAACAGGUCUAGUGAAUAAUUGGAGAGCAUCUUUUGACCCUCAAGACCCUGUUCAAGCCAGCCACUUUGUAUCAGAUGGAAGAACACUCUAUUGCCUUGAACUAACCAUAAAUUUAUACCCCGAGAAAGCCGAUACAAUAAACCAGGAAAUUGAGGAUUUGUUAUCCCAACUAAGUUAUAUCCCAUCAACACUAUUUAUGUCAGAAGUUCCAUACAUAGAAUUUUUGGACAGGGUUCAUUCAUCAGAGCUAAAACUUCGAUCGAAAGGACUUUGGGAUCUUCCACAUCCAUGGCUCAACCUUCUAGUUCCAAAAAGCAAAAUACAACACUUUGCUAAUGAAGUUUUUGGCAACAUUCUAAGUGAUACCAACAAUGGCCCUGUUCUUGUCUACCCAAUUCAUAAAUCAGCGGUGGACAACAGAACAUCGUUUGUUUGUCCAGAUGAAGAUAUUAUCUAUCUGGUGGCCUUUUUAUCCCAUGCAAAUCCCUCAUCCAAUGGAACUGACAGUUUAGAACAUGUGUUAACUCAGAACAAAAGAAUUUUAGACUUCUGUGAGGUGUCACACCUAGGGGUCAAGCAAUAUCUGCCACAUUACACAAAACAGGAACAAUGGAGGACCCAUUUUGGUCCACAAUGGGAAGUUUUUGUACAGAGGAAAUCUGCUUAUGACCCUUUAGCUAUGCUUGCUCCUGGCCAAGGAAUUUUUCAAAAAGCAGUAUCAGUUUCAUAACACAUGCUAUUAUUUGAAUGACCAAGAAACUUGAGCGGAAACUGAUUAGCAACGGCGUCAGAUAAAGAGUCAGAGAUGGGUAAAUAUGUCGAAUGAAUAGAAAAUGAAUACUUGGUUGUAGCCAAUGUAAAUGUGAAUAGCUAUUAACUUCAUAUAUAUCUUAUGCCUUCUCUGCACAUGUAAGUUUAAGAGAAGGCUAGCUCCAUUACCUCUUGAAGAAUAUAGAUUAUUAGGCCAACAGAAGUAAUGUAUCAAGAUGCAAAGGCUAGGAAUUCUUUAAUUAAUGCUCAUGAUAUUGUAUCUUCUGUCUUGAUUUUCAAGUUCUCUGACUCUAUAAGAAUAAUGUAAUUUCUACAGCAAAAUGAAAAACAAAAGAAAAGAAGAUAUA